CACAUCACAGCCGCCCCUCCCCCUUUAAAUUCUCAUGCCCCGCAGCGAUCUCAAUGCUCAUGCAAAUACAUCACAUUGUUAAUAUUUGGAGAGAAAACCACUUCAUAGUUCUCCAUCUUUUUUUUCUUUCUUUUUUUUUUUGUUUUGGUCUUUGAUUAAUUCUCGUCCAUCAUAGUUUGUCGAAGAAGUUGUGAUUUCUAAAUAUUGCCUAAAUGGAGCAAUUAUGGGAUCAUCAGCUAAGCCUAAUUAAUCAAGUUUCUUUUGUGACAUUUUUCUCACUUGCCAUUUUCAUCGCUACAUUUUACCUGAUGGUUAGGCCUAGGAAGAUAUACCUAGUGGAUUUUGCAUGUUACAAACCUAAGCCAGAACAUAUGUGCUCUAGAGAACUUCACUUGGAGCUAACAACCCUAACCGGGAAGUUCAAUGAAGAAACCCUAGCAUUCCAGAAGAAGAUUCUGGAGCGAUUAGGGUUCGGCCAAAAAACGUACAUUUGCAACGCAUUCUUGCAAACUCCACCAAAUCCAUCCAUAGCUGAGGCUAGAAAGGAAGCUGAGAUGGUGAUGUUUGGUGCAAUUGAUCAGCUGUUGGCAAAGACAGGUAAAAAUGGUAAAGAUAUUGGGAUCCUUGUUGUGAAUUGUAGCGUGUUUUGUCCAACUCCAUCUCUUUCUGCCAUGAUUGUUAACCAUUACAAGCUUAGAGGGAACAUUAUGAGCUACAAUCUUGGUGGUAUGGGAUGCAGUGCUGGUGUUGUUGCAAUUGAUCUGGCUAAGGAUCUUUUACAGGCCCAUCGAAGCACCUAUGCACUAGUGGUUAGUACAGAAAACUUGACCUUGAAUUGGUACUAUGGCAACAACAAAUCAAUGCUGAUGACAAAUUGCAUUUUUCGCAUGGGAGGGGCAGCCAUUCUCCUCUCCAACAAACCCUCGGAUCGCCGCCGGUCAAAGUACGAACUCGUCCACACCGUCCGUACACACAGAGGCGCGGACGAUAAGAGCUAUGGUUGCGUCUACCAACAAGACGAUGACAACAAAGUCGUGGGCGUGGCAUUGUCGAAGGAUCUCAUGGCCGUGGCCGGAGACACCUUGAAAGCGAACAUUACCACUCUAGGUCCGCUAGUCCUCCCGAUGUCGGAACAGCUGAUGUUCUUGGCCGCGUUGAUCGCGAGAAAGUUGUUCAAGAAGGCGAAGUUGAAGCCUUAUAUCCCGGAUUUCAAGUUGGCAUUCGAGCAUUUUUGCAUUCAUGCAGGAGGGAGAGCUGUUUUGGAUGAAAUGGAGAAGAACCUUCAACUUAGUGAGUACCAUAUGGAGCCAUCAAGGAUGACACUUUACAGAUUUGGGAAUACAUCAAGCAGUUCAUUAUGGUAUGAAUUGGCUUAUUGUGAGGCAAAAGGGAGGAUGAAAAAUGGUGAUAGGACAUGGCAAAUCGCUUUUGGUUCCGGGUUCAAGUGUAACAGUGCUGUUUGGCGAGCAUUGAGGUCUAUAGAUCCAACUAAAGAGAAGAUACUGAAUCCUUGGAUGGAUGAAAUUGACGAUUUCCCAGUUCAUGUGCCUCAAGUGGCUACUAUAUUUGGUUAAUUCUUUGAUACAAGGGGAAAAGGGACCAUAUUUUUACUAUAAUUAUUGCUCCCUCCGUCCCAUAAUUAUUGUCCAAUUUGAGUUUUCAUUUCUAGUUCAAAUUGUACUAAAAGUCAAUUUGGGUUUUCAUUUCUAGUUUAAAUUGUACUAAAAGUGAAAUCUGAAACCGGACAGUAUUGUUUUCCCCAUUUUGAUAGGCAUUAAAAGUUUCAAUGUCAGUUUUUUUGGAAAAGGUUUCAAUGUCAGUUGAUUGAUGCAAUGAUUGGAAUAGGAAAAUGUUUUGUUUUGAU